AUGUAUUUAAUUAAAGGAUUAGUACAAGGAUGUGGUAUCUGUAAAAACCAACAAAAUCUGACAAAAUGCAGUAAUUGUUCAAAACACUUAUGUAAUACAGAAGCAGUACUUCCUCCCCCAAUAAAAUGCCACUUUCUUAUUCCCAAUCUUCAACCUUAUGUUAAAAUAAAUAAAACAUGCCAACACGUUUAUGACAGUUGUUAUAUUGCUAGAGAUGUUUUUGGACGAGGUAAAUACUAG